AUGAGGGUUUUCAACUUAUGCAGGAGAAGAGGAGUGCACUGUAAGAGAGCAAGACAGGUUCAUGCCUAUUGCCAAGAGUGCGUCUCCGAGUACAUCAGCUUUGUGACAGGAGAAGCCAACGAGCGCUGCCAGCGGGAACAGCGCAAGACCAUCACUGCUGAGGAUGUCUUGUGGGCAAUGAGUAAGCUCGGUUUUGAUGAAUACAUGGAACCCCUCACGUUGUAUCUCCACCGCUACAGAGAGUUGGAAGGUGAUAGAGUGGUUAGCUGCGGUGCUGGAUCUGUUAGUAUGACCAGCGGCUUGGUUAUCAAGAGGCCUAAUGGUACCAUGGGAGAGUAUGGAGCCUACAGGACUAUGACACCGUACCAUUAUCAUCAUCAGAACGGAUUUGCUUACAGUAGUAAUGAACCUAACUCUAAAAUGGGUGGUUCAUCACCUGCAUCAAGUCUAUUUCCAUCUCAGCAACAUUAG